GUGUUGGAGCUGCCGGUGGCAUCAGCUUCAGCAGAGAUUCACACAUUCAAAACAAGAAGCGGCCCGAGCGGAUGCACUCACACUGAGGAGCGAGGAGCAGACAUUGACAAGAACAGUUGAAGAGCAGUUGUUUUUUUAAAGAUUGCUUAUCUGCAGUCUGCCUGGACUUGGAGGUUUGACUUUGGAUGGACUCUUGCAUUGGUGCUCCAGAGAAACAGACUUUUCUUCAAACAGGACAAGUCACCAGAAAGAGCCAGGAAAGACAACUUUGAGGCUCUCUAACUGUCUUGCUCCAACUGCUUUCACACCUAAUUCAUUUGUUUCAAAGAAUAUUGGGUUUCGUUCCCCUCUGGGCUUCCUUCUGACUAAUGGCUGCUGUGCGUUCGAUGGUAAUGGAGGCCUCUGGCUUCCACGUCCUGCCAGCCCACCUUAUGGCCUCAGCCAUGGAGGAGUUCCCCCAGCAGCUGCCCGUCCCUAAGGGCCCAGCUAGGGGCAAGAGCCGCUCCCGUCGACCACGUGAGGCCCGCUUCAAAACUCAGCCCGUUACCUUUGCUGAGAUUGCAGAGGUGGAGGAAGAGGGCUCCUCUCCGAUGGAGGAGGAGAGGGCACGUCGCUCCUUCCUUCAGUCCUUGGAGAACCUGCGGCGGAGCACACAGACCCUCCACUGCCCGCCGGCGGCCCAUCACAGCUGCACCCCCACACCGACACAGGCCAACCUGGACUCCAGUGACUCCGACUCCACCCAGUGAGUGCCGGGACGUGCCCACCUUCUAGCACCCGCGUCCCCUCGCUUCGCCUUGACGCCGCUUCAAAUGGAGGCCUACUGAACUGAACCAAACUGGCCGUUUUGCCAGCCUGUCUGUCUGUGUGUGUAAGCUGCUGCUUUCAUGCAGAGUCUGCAUUUAAUAUAUACUCAUACUAACAUAUCAAAAUGCAGUAUGUAGUUCGAAGAUGCAUAUCUGCAAAGAUCUCUACCAGUGCCAAAUGCUGGUUAUACUAGUAAUGAGAACAAAGGUAGCAGAUGACGCAGUGUUGAACACACCACUCUUCAAAUGUAUUCCUUUUCUAUUGCCGAUGUCUAAGAGAGAAGCUUGAAAGAUGGUUGAUAUUUUUCCAUUUUAAAGUUGUAAAGGUAUUUUUGUGUCAAUCCAGAGUUUUGUACUAGACCAGUCACCACGAAAAGGACUGUUGAAAAAUGUUAGUAUUGUGACUUACCACUCUGUACAUACUUUGACUAAGCAUUGUACUGAGCAUCCUGAGUGACCUGGCCAUCACUGAAGCAGUAGACUACGAAUACGGAAGCUUGGUAAUAAAAGUUGUUUUCCAGCUUCACAAUGAAUGGGAAAUCUGCUCUUGCUUCAAUUCCUGAGCAAAGAAUGCCUUUCUUAAAGUCUUUAUUUAUUUUAUUAUUUUGUUCAUAACCAAGCAGAGUUGUAGAUGUGAUAUUUUAUUGCCCUCACUUCUAAAGUCCUGACUCUCAAAGAAAACCAUAACCUUUAUACUUUAUAUUUGUUUUACUUUAUACAUAUAUGUUACAAUAUUUGUGAUAUGUACUUGAAUAAAUAUUUUCAAUUA